AUGGGACGGGCGAAUUGGGAACUCGAUUCGCUUCAGCGCGCACACACGCACCACUAUUGUGUCCGCCGUGGCUGUUUCUCGAUUUAUCUCGUCAUGCUUCCCUCCCCCCCUCCCACCCGGCCCAUUCCAGUCCCGUGGCCACGCGCGCGACGAGUCACGUUUUGUCUGCGGACGAUGUCGCGACAGUUACCCUGUCUGCGACCACAAUUAAUUAGCCUACGGACGACCUUGUGGCGUUACUCCACCGCCAUUGGCUCAGCCGACGACCCAAUGGUAAGCGGCUUGGGCGUCGCUACUGAAGGAGCACACGUCCACGAUUGUAUUCGCAUGCUCUAA